GCACGAGCUGCUGGCCCACACGCCCCACGAACACGUGGAGAGGAACAGUCUGGAUUAUGCCAAGUCCAAGCUGGAAGAGCUGUCCAGGAUAAUGCACGACGAAGUGAGUGAGACUGAAAAUAUUCGGAAAAACCUGGCAAUAGAGAGGAUGAUCAUCGAGGGUUGUGAGAUCCUGCUGGACACCAGCCAGACCUUUGUCAGACAAGGCUCCCUGAUCCAGGUGCCCAUGUCGGAGAAGGGGAAGAUCACGCGGGGCCGGCUGGGCUCGCUGUCGCUCAGGAAGGAGGGCGAGCGGCAGUGCUUCCUCUUCUCCAAGCACCUCAUCAUCUGCACCCGCGGCUCCGGGGGGAAGCUGCACCUCACCAAGGUGAGGCCCUGGCGGCUGCUGCUGCUCCCUGGCCACGGGCACGGGCACAGGUGGCCCAGCUGUGGCCCAGCUGUGGCCCAGCUGUGGCCCAGCUGUGGCCCAGCUGUGGCCCGAGCUGGCCGGGCUCUUGGCGACUCCUCGCCCUCCACUGGCGAGCUCCAGCUGGGAGCCUGAGGCCACCUGAAUUUAUUUCACGUGGUCCUUGUCUCAUCACGGGAGAGAUGAGAAACUACAAGAUCCCGAUAAAAGAGUUUACCCUGAUUUGCAGCAGAAACGUUGACAGUUUGUUCUGGAAGAAGCUGGAAGCACAGCCCGGGCUGUCUGUAGUGCUCCCGGCUCCUCUGCUUGCUCCCUGGGCUCCCGUGUUUAUUUGGGGAAGUUUGGCACUUAAUUGAGCAAGAAUCUUACAGAAAUUGCUUGUUACUGGCAUUAAAUUAUCGGUUUGAAGAAUUACAGUCCGUGGCAAAGAGCUGAUAAUUGCAACAACAGACUUUGGGAAAAUUAAAUUU